ACCCAUGCCGCGCUCUGCCUGCCCCCGGGUGCUGUCCGCGGCGGUUCGAUUGGAGCAGCCGCCGAAGAGCGCUUGGCGCCAUUUUGAAGCGGAGAGGAGGAGGAACGGCCGGGCUGGCUGCGGAAGGGGAGGGGGGGGAGAAGGCGAUUGGAUGCGGCGGCGGCGGCGGAUCCCGGAGAGCCCCGGAGUGAGAGGAGUAGCGAGUCGGCAACCCGGAGGGGUAGGAAUAUUUCUGUCAUGGCUCAUUCAAAGACUAGGACCAAUGAUGGAAAAAUUACAUAUCCGCCUGGGGUCAAGGAAAUAUCAGAUAAAAUAUCUAAAGAGGAGAUGGUGAGACGAUUAAAGAUGGUUGUGAAAACUUUUAUGGAUAUGGACCAGGACUCUGAAGAAGAAAAGGAGCUUUACUUAAACCUAGCUUUACAUCUUGCUUCAGAUUUUUUUCUCAAGCAUCCUGAUAAAGAUGUUCGCUUACUGGUAGCCUGCUGCCUUGCUGAUAUUUUCAGGAUUUAUGCUCCUGAAGCUCCUUACACAUCCCCUGAUAAACUGAAGGAUAUAUUUAUGUUUAUAACAAGACAGUUGAAGGGGCUAGAGGAUACAAAGAGCCCACAAUUCAAUAGGUAUUUUUAUUUACUUGAGAACAUUGCUUGGGUCAAGUCAUAUAACAUAUGCUUUGAGUUAGAAGAUAGCAAUGAAAUUUUCACCCAGCUAUACAGAACCUUAUUUUCAGUUAUAAACAAUGGCCACAAUCAGAAAGUCCAUAUGCACAUGGUAGACCUUAUGAGCUCUAUUAUUUGUGAAGGUGAUACAGUGUCUCAGGAGCUUUUAGAUACAGUUUUAGUAAAUCUGGUACCUGCUCAUAAGAAUUUAAACAAGCAAGCAUAUGAUUUGGCAAAGGCUUUACUGAAGAGGACAGCUCAAGCUAUUGAGCCAUAUAUUACCAAUUUUUUUAAUCAGGUUCUGAUGCUUGGGAAAACAUCUAUCAGCGAUUUGUCAGAGCAUGUCUUUGACUUAAUUUUGGAGCUCUACAAUAUUGAUAGUCAUUUGCUGCUCUCUGUUUUACCCCAGCUUGAAUUUAAAUUAAAGAGCAAUGAUAAUGAGGAGCGCCUACAAGUUGUUAAACUACUGGCAAAAAUGUUUGGGGCAAAGGAUUCAGAAUUGGCUUCUCAAAACAAGCCACUUUGGCAGUGCUACUUGGGCAGGUUUAAUGAUAUCCAUGUACCAAUCCGCCUGGAAUGUGUGAAAUUUGCUAGCCAUUGUCUCAUGAACCAUCCUGAUUUAGCAAAGGACUUAACAGAGUAUCUUAAAGUGAGGUCACAUGACCCUGAGGAAGCUAUUAGACAUGAUGUUAUUGUGUCAAUAGUUACAGCUGCUAAAAAGGAUAUUCUUCUGGUCAAUGAUCACUUACUUAAUUUUGUGAGAGAGAGAACAUUAGACAAACGAUGGAGAGUACGCAAAGAAGCCAUGAUGGGACUUGCCCAAAUUUAUAAGAAAUAUGCUUUACAAUCAGCAGCUGGAAAAGAUGCUGCAAAACAGAUAGCAUGGAUCAAAGACAAAUUGCUACAUAUAUAUUAUCAAAAUAGUAUUGAUGAUCGACUACUUGUUGAACGGAUCUUUGCUCAAUACAUGGUUCCUCACAAUUUAGAAACUACAGAACGGAUGAAAUGCUUAUAUUACUUGUAUGCCACACUGGAUUUAAAUGCUGUGAAAGCAUUGAAUGAAAUGUGGAAAUGUCAAAAUCUGCUCCGACAUCAAGUAAAGGAUUUGCUUGACUUGAUUAAGCAACCCAAAACAGAUGCCAGUGUCAAGGCCAUAUUUUCAAAAGUGAUGGUUAUUACAAGAAAUUUACCCGAUCCUGGUAAGGCUCAGGAUUUCAUGAAGAAAUUCACACAGGUGUUAGAAGAUGAUGAGAAAAUAAGAAAGCAGUUAGAAGUACUUGUUAGUCCAACAUGCUCCUGCAAGCAGGCUGAAGGUUGUGUGCGUGAAAUAACUAAGAAGUUGGGCAACCCCAAACAGCCUACAAAUCCUUUCCUGGAAAUGAUCAAGUUUCUCUUGGAGAGGAUAGCACCUGUACACAUAGAUACCGAAUCUAUCAGUGCUCUUAUUAAACAAGUGAACAAAUCAAUAGAUGGAACAGCAGAUGAUGAAGAUGAGGGUGUUCCAACUGAUCAAGCCAUCAGAGCAGGUCUUGAACUGCUUAAAGUACUCUCAUUUACGCAUCCCAUCUCAUUUCAUUCUGCUGAAACAUUUGAAUCAUUACUGGCUUGUCUGAAAAUGGAUGAUGAAAAAGUAGCAGAAGCUGCACUACAAAUUUUCAAAAACACAGGAAGCAAAAUUGAAGAGGAUUUUCCACACAUCAGAUCAGCCUUGCUUCCUGUUUUACAUCACAAAUCUAAAAAAGGACCCCCCCGUCAAGCCAAAUAUGCCAUUCAUUGUAUCCAUGCGAUAUUUUCUAGUAAAGAGACCCAGUUUGCACAGAUAUUUGAGCCUCUGCAUAAGAGCCUAGAUCCAAGCAACCUGGAACAUCUCAUAACACCAUUGGUUACUAUUGGUCAUAUUGCUCUCCUUGCACCUGAUCAAUUUGCUGCUCCUUUGAAAUCUUUGGUAGCUACUUUCAUUGUGAAAGAUCUUCUCAUGAAUGAUCGGCUUCCAGGGAAAAAGACAACUAAACUUUGGGUUCCAGAUGAAGAAGUAUCUCCUGAGACAAUGGUCAAAAUUCAGGCUAUUAAAAUGAUGGUUCGAUGGCUACUUGGAAUGAAAAAUAAUCACAGUAAAUCAGGAACUUCUACCUUAAGAUUGCUAACAACAAUAUUGCAUAGUGAUGGAGACUUGACAGAACAGGGGAAAAUUAGUAAACCAGAUAUGUCACGUCUGAGACUUGCUGCUGGGAGUGCUAUUGUGAAGCUGGCACAAGAACCCUGUUACCAUGAAAUCAUCACAUUAGAACAAUAUCAGCUAUGUGCAUUAGCUAUCAACGAUGAAUGCUAUCAAGUAAGACAAGUGUUUGCCCAGAAACUUCACAAAGGCCUUUCCCGUUUACGGCUUCCACUUGAGUAUAUGGCAAUCUGUGCCCUUUGUGCAAAAGAUCCUGUAAAGGAGAGAAGAGCUCAUGCUAGGCAAUGUUUGGUGAAAAAUAUAAAUGUAAGGCGGGAGUAUCUGAAGCAGCAUGCAGCUGUUAGUGAAAAAUUAUUGUCUCUUCUACCAGAGUAUGUUGUUCCAUAUACAAUUCACCUUUUGGCACAUGACCCAGAUUAUGUCAAAGUACAGGAUAUUGAACAACUUAAAGAUGUUAAAGAAUGUCUUUGGUUUGUUCUGGAAAUAUUAAUGGCUAAAAAUGAAAAUAACAGUCAUGCAUUUAUCAGAAAGAUGGUAGAAAAUAUUAAACAAACAAAAGAUGCCCAAGGACCAGAUGAUGCAAAAAUGAAUGAAAAACUGUACACCGUGUGUGAUGUUGCCAUGAAUAUCAUCAUGUCAAAGAGUACUACAUACAGUUUGGAAUCUCCUAAAGACCCGGUACUACCAGCUCGUUUCUUCACUCAACCUGACAAGAAUUUCAGUAACACCAAAAAUUAUCUGCCUCCUGAAAUGAAAUCAUUUUUCACUCCUGGAAAACCUAAAACAACUAAUGUUCUAGGAGCUGUUAACAAGCCACUUUCAUCAGCAGGCAAACAAUCUCAGACCAAAUCAUCACGAAUGGAAACUGUAAGCAAUGCAAGCAGCAGCUCAAAUCCAAGCUCUCCUGGAAGAAUAAAGGGGAGGCUUGAUAGUUCUGAAAUGGAUCACAGUGAAAAUGAAGAUUACACAAUGUCUUCACCUUUGCCGGGGAAAAAAAGUGACAAGAGAGACGACUCUGAUCUUGUAAGGUCUGAAUUGGAGAAGCCUAGAGGCAGGAAAAAAACACCCGUCACAGAACAGGAGGAGAAAUUAGGUAUGGAUGACUUGACUAAGUUGGUACAGGAACAGAAACCUAAAGGCAGUCAGCGAAGUCGGAAAAGAGGCCAUACGGCUUCAGAAUCUGAUGAACAGCAGUGGCCUGAGGAAAAGAGGCUCAAAGAAGAUAUAUUAGAAAAUGAAGAUGAACAGAAUAGUCCACCAAAAAAGGGUAAGAGAGGCCGACCACCAAAACCUCUUGGUGGAGGUACACCAAAAGAAGAGCCAACAAUGAAAACUUCUAAAAAAGGAAGCAAAAAAAAAUCUGGACCUCCAGCACCAGAAGAGGAGGAAGAAGAAGAAAGACAAAGUGGAAAUACAGAACAGAAGUCCAAAAGCAAACAGCACCGAGUGUCAAGGAGAGCACAGCAGAGAGCAGAAUCUCCUGAAUCUAGUGCAAUUGAAUCCACACAGUCCACACCACAGAAAGGACGAGGAAGACCAUCAAAAACGCCAUCACCUUCACAACCAAAAAAAAAUGUCCGUGUAGGACGCUCCAAACAAGCAGCUACUAAGGAAAAUGAUUCAAGUGAAGAAGUAGAUGUGUUUCAGGGUAGCUCUCCUGUCGAUGAUAUUCCGCAGGAAGAAACAGAGGAGGAGGAAGUUUCUACAGUAAAUGUAUGUGUUCAAAGUUUCUGUGAGCGGUGUGGGAUAUAAAAAACAGAGUUAGUAAAUGUUUGGUUAGAUCAUUUAGUACUUGUUUAGUAUUUAUAUAUUUUACUUCAUUAGUUUAUAGCAUCAUUUUAUCUACCAGGUUGGAUAAUGGAGAACAUCUUUUAUGGAAACCCGAAACUAAGCAAAUAGGUGUAGCUUAGUGAGAAUGUAAAUGUGAAGUCUGAACUGAAUGUACAGCAUUCUAAUAUUGACACUUUAAGCAUUUAAGUUGUACCUUGAUUUUAGGGCACUGAUACCCAUUAAGUAUACUGUUGUUUAUAUUUUACAACUCUCUGUUUGGUAUUUCUAUUUGGGUUUCAUAAUAGAAAUUAGAAGUUAGUUACACAGAAUAAAAUCAGCCUUUGGAAUUGAAGCUUGAGCUGAAUGAGAAUUCAUAAAAUUGGUAAUACAUACUUAUUUUGCAAAAGUAGGUAUGCGUUACUUCCUGACUUUUUUGUUUUUGAGACAGAGUCUCACUCUGUCGCCCAGGCUGGAGUAUAGUGGCGCACGAUCUGGGCUCAGUGCAACCUCCGCCUCCCAGAUUCAAGCAAUUCUCCUGCCUGAGCUUCCCAAGUAGCUGAGAUUACAGGCCAAUGCCAACUAUGCCCGACUAGUUUUUGUAUUUUUAGUGCAGACAGGGUUUUACCAUGUUGGUCUGGCUGGUCUUGAACUCUUGACCUCAAGUGAUCUGCCUGCCUCGGCCUCCAAAGUGCUGGGAUUACAGGCAUCAGCCACUGCACCCGGCCCUUCUUGACUUUUAAAGUAAUAAAUAAAUAACUUCACCAGUUAAUACAACUCAGAUAUUUCUCUUAGGAAAAAAUAUAAUACAUUUAAGUAGAAGCUCUUCUCCCAUCUUUGUUUGAGAAACCCAAGCUCUAUAAUCAAGUCUCAGAAUUGGUCUCUGCUGUUCUGUCCUAUUUAAUGGAAUCAGAACUCCUAUCUGUACCAGGAUUCAUUUUUGUGAAUAAGUGAGUUAAGAACACAGGAAAAUGUGCUUAAUUGUGGCCUCAAAUUAGUUUGGCUUGUUUCUUAAAGGGUUUUGGGGGAGGACAUCAAAGUAAGUCUGAAGAGUCAAUAACGAUUGAUGUCUUCAUCAGAGAAAAACUACAUAGUAAAUUAAAACCCUCUUUUAUAUUCCUAUUGUUAAUAUUGACAUUUUUUGAACUAAAGUUUUAUGCUUUCAUUAGUGCUUGCCAGUAAAUGAUAAUAUGUUUGAAUUUUAGGUUAUUUUACUGUAUUGAUAAUUAUUAAGAUCCAAACUCAGUAAUUACUUUCCCAGAAAGAUAAUGUAAGUUCAUAAAUGUGAGAUGUUUUCAUUUACCACAGGAAACGUAAGUAGAAAGAUGAUUAAUCUGUUUGAGUUAUUUUUCUUGCUGUAGACAUUGAUUUCUGUUCAUUUCUCUUUAAAAUUAUUAGAUAGAAAAGUAAAAUAAUUUUUUUCUUUCACUGUUCUGGGGAAGUCUGUGAGCCUGUAAGGGUUCAAAUGUUAUAGAGGUCUAAAUAUGUGAUGCCAGGGCAGAAAGUAAGGAUAAAAAGUUUCAGGGAAAGGAAAGCAAAGAAAAUCAGGAACAAAUGAGAAUAAAGAUUAGUUAAAAAUGAUUACUGCAUAUCUUAUGCACAUAUACCCAUUUUAAUUAAGCAUCUGGUGACUUUCCUUUUAAGGUACGGCGGCGAAGUGCUAAAAGGGAACGGCGAUGAACAAAUGUAAUUAAUAACUUUCUCUGUGAAAGCUUUGGAAAAAUCUUUUUUUUUUUUUUUUUUUUUUUGGUCAAGCUUGAGGCUGAAUAAAACCUUUGAUGCACAAAAUGGGACUGCUGAAGAGUGGACAGUUGGACCUUACUUUGGUGACCCCAUACAUUUGUGGUCACAUGCUUUAGCCAUACGCAUGAUAACAUUGACUAUGGGGUCUUGUGAAAGUGUAAUGUGCGAUGGCUAUGUAGACAUAAAGAAGAAACUUGUAAAUAUCUUUUUUCUUUUUUUAAUGUUUCUGACUUCUGAAGUGCUUGUAUAGCUUUUAUCUGCGGCUUUAAACUGACAGUACCCAACUGUUUAUUGGAUCUAUUGAUUUGAAAAGAAUUUGUUAGGAUAGAUCUUAAGCAGUAAUCUGUCAGUGUUUGUAUUUGUAUUCUUUGCAAUUUUACUGUGAAAAAAAUUUGUUUUCAACAAUUGGUGUCAUUUUCUUGACGUCAUUAUUUGUUGGAGAGUUAAAUGGUCUCUUCCCUUUGUGUAUCUUACCUAGUGUUUACUCCUGGGCACCCUUAAUCUUCAGAGGUGCUAAAUUGUCUGCCAUUAUACCAGAAUGAUGCCUCUGAUAGGAGGACAACCAUGCAAAUUGUGAAAUAGUCCUGAAGUUCUUGGAUUACUUUACACCUCAGUAUUGAUUUGUCCCAGAAUUUUCUGGCCUUUCAUGGCAAUGAAAAUUUUAAGAAGAAAGAUUUAAAGUAUUUUAAUUUUAAAGAGUGUGUUAUAAAAUAAUGUACUGAAUUCUUUAUCCCAUUUUAUCAUCCUUUCAGUUUUUAUUAAUCUACUGUAUCAAUAAAAUUCUGUAAUUUGAGUUUUUAAUAGUCUAGAAUGUUAUUGUGUAUAGAUAUUUCUUCUUGAACAUUAUGUUCAGAAAAUGCAAAUUACACUAUAAUAUAAAACCUGAUAUAUACACGUUAGAAAUAUUCCAGUUCUCCAUAACAGUGUAAAAUUAAUCAGAAAGAAAAAAUUUUAUUGAUGCAGUGUGUCUUUAUAAAGCUGUUCUUGAAAGCCAAGUGUUUUGUAUUUUAUAGUGAGUUGCAUGUUUAUGAAAAAAAAGUGCUGAAAAUGGGAUGUGCUGUUUUCUGUAAAUUCAUAUUUAGCCAUAGUAUAUGAUAGAUUGCCCCAUAACAUAGUUUUUCAUCAAGAGUUUAUUAUUGUACUUUAUUUUGGAGCCAAAAAAUUGAUUCUGGGGGUUGGGGGCAGGGUAGAAGUGGUAUAUCCAAGUAUAUCAGCUACUGUAGUUGUCACAGUCUUGUGAACUUUGAAUGAAAUUCCACUUUGUCCAGAUUGGGAGAAGUGGAAAUUUAUUUGGAUUUAGAGCAGGUCUUUUUUUUUCUUCAUUGUAAUCUGCAAAAUAUAGAAAUAAAUUACUUAAGGCAGUAUCCUUUAUACAGUUGUAUAAACUGUAUUUUGAACCAAAACAUAUAGGUUACUACUUAAUGCUUACCUAAUUUCAUUUUAGUAUUUUAGGUGCUGUUAUGUUUUUUCAUGGUUAACACCAGAGGGGAAAAAAUCAUAUUCUAACUUAUUAAGUUUAUCUCAUUGAAUAGUGGAACAUUUUCAUAUGAUACACCAUUAUGUUUAAGGUAUAUUUCCAAGAUUGGUUAUAACAGAUGGGGCAUAUAAUAAAGAAGCUACUAUUUUGGAAAAUGACAUUUUACUAUUUGCCAAUGUAUAUUGCAAUUGAUGUGAUUAUUUUUCUUUUAAAGAUUUGUUCGUGUUUAUGAAACAGUCAUUUAUUUUUUAAAAA